AUGUUGAGGAAAAUUAACAAAGCGUCGUCCAACCGUUUUGGUAACGGAAAAAGUACCAACCAAGCUCAAUUGAAGGGAAAUGGCAAAGACGCCCAGGAGGAAGAAUAUUCCAUGUCAGACGAGGUGACAGGACCCGCAACAGAUGAAGCGAGUGAUGAGGAUACUAAUGCGUCCAGGGCAGGUGCAGGAGGGAAUUUUGCAUUAAACGACUUUCUAUCACAUAAAGAGAACUCACAUGUGCUGAAAAAAUUUUUUGUAUUUGUUUUAUUAAUUAUUCUUUCGCCAGUAAUUUUAAUAGUCCUAUACAAAUACAUGUUUACGUGGUGCUUCAAAAUGUCCAAGGACACCUGCCUUCUUAUUAGCCUUUUUUUCGUAGUGAUUUAUAUCACCUCGCUGACCUUGCUGUAUGCCUAUCUAGCGUUCAGUGAGGAGGAGCUGCCAGACCGGAGGGUAUCCAACAGGCACGUGAAGAAGUGGAGGUAG